AUGGGAGAACAAUCACCAGAGAAUGACCUCCCCUCUCGAAUCGCCCGCCUAGUGCAUACCCAUUUCGAUACCCUGCCCGCGCGCAGUAAACCCAUUGUCCGCGAUGAUGGCACCCGGGAGUGGAUUCCCAUGGCGGGGAUGGUGGUUGUUAGAGGCGAGAAUACGCCGGAAGAGGAGUUGACCUGUGUAGCUGUGACAUCAGGCGCCAAAUGUCUGGCCGCCUCCCAGCUCGCAGGCUGCAAAGGCCUUGUCCUCCAUGACUGGCACGCGGAGAUCCUCGCCCUGCGGGCGUUCAAUUACUGGGUUUUGAACGAGGUGAGGGGGGUUCUGGAGGGGGAGAGGCGCGUUGCUUCUGUUGCUACGGAUAUAGAUACAGGAUCGCGAAGCUCAGCAUCAGCAUCGCCAUCAUCCAGAUUCAUCCGCCGUCGACACCCCAGCACCAAAAACAACCCGCCCUUCGAACUCCACCCCGACCUCAAAGUCUACAUGUGCUGCACCUGCGCGCCCUGUGGCGAUGCAAGCAUGGAGCUGACCAUGGCCGCGCAGGAGGAUCCCACGCCGUGGGAGGAGACUACCCCCGCUGACGCGGGUAUGGCUAGUGCAACAGCUACAGCUACAGCUACAGCAACGCAAGCAGACCCAGAUCCCUCCCCGACCCUCCUUGAUGGCCGCGGCCACUUCUCCAAACUCGGCAUCGUCCGCCGCAAGCCCGCUCGCGCCGACGCAGACUCUACUAAGAGUAAAUCCUGCUCUGAUAAGCUGGCCCUCCGCCAGGUCUCUUCUCUCUUGAACCACGAGACGGCGCUGUUGGUGGACGUCACUGCUAGUGCGUAUUUGGCUGGGGUCGUGCUGCCGGAGACGGAGAUUAGUGAGGUAGGGUGUCAGAGGGCGUUUGGGAGAGACGGGAGAAUGAAGGGCUUGGUGGGUUCUUCUUCUGGGUUGGUUGGGGGUGAUGGUAGGGAGGGCGAGGAUUCUACCGGAUAUCGCUUCCACCCCUUCAAGAUCCUCUCCAUCCCGUCGGCGCUGGCGGACUCCCUCUGGAAGUAUGGCAAGCCGAGACAACCGCCCGCUUCUUCGUCUUCGACGGCGAAGUACAAGCCUGGGACGAUAUCGGCGCUCUGGGUGGUUGCCCCUUCCGUUGGGGCCGACCAGGUGGUUUCGGGGAUCGCCAGCGGAGUGAAGCAGUUGCCCAAACUGGCGGGGAGUCGCACCGGGCUGUAUGAGAGUAUCAUCGGUGGGGUGAAGCAGGGGAGUAAGGCGUCGGCGCCGGUGGUGAGGGGGGCGUCGGCGCUCUCCAGGGUGAGGAUGUGGGGGGCUCUGCGGGAUGUUAUUCUGAGUGAUGAGCACAAUAAAACUGGGUCGCUUGUCGAUGAGCGCUUGCGGCAGGUUGUGAGUGUGCCUACUUAUGCGGAAUUCAAACAAGCAAUCGCCACAUCCACAGACUCUGGCCGGGCGCGUGAACAGGCUCUGCAAGCCGCGAAGACAGUCUUGGUUCCUUGGGUGCCGAACUCAGGUGAUGAAGAUUGGGGACUGGAGGUCUUGAUAGACACGAACCCCAAGAAGCGCAAGCGGUGA